CAUGGUCAACGAAAAUUCAUCUCUUCCCGGGGCACUUUCGUCAAUUCAUACACCAGAAGUUAACAAGAACCGACCCCUCGCGAGAGGGGGCUGAGAAGAGAAAGCAGAGGAGACGCCAAGGCAUGGACGACUGCAGGCCUCUUGGGUUCCUGAUAGGGUUGCCCUUCGCCGUCCUCGCCUUGGCCCUGUCCCUCGUCGGCGCUGUUGUGUGGUUACUCGGGACAAUCCUCGGUUGCCUGUGCCCUUGCUGCAUCUGCUUCUCUGGUCUGGCCAAUCUGGCGAUGGCGCUCAUCAAGAUGCCGGUCAACGUCAUCAGAUGGUUCGUCCGACAGAUCCCCUGUUGAGGAUUUACGUACGCUUUGGGUCUUCCUUGUGGCUCUGUUUUAGAAUCUUAUGGCAUGAUACAUACUUCGAUCGCUGCAGCAUUUUUGCUUCUUCUUUUGUUGAAUGCGUUACAGUGUUCA